AUGCUGGGUCUCUUGCGCAAAGCUCGCGGCAAGAACGCCGCCGAGGCCACCGACGUUGUCGAGUCUGAUGGCGAUGAAAAGCUCAGCGGCUCGAGCUCUGUCGGUAGUCUGCAGGUGCCCGACGACCAGGCAUGGAUCAGUGCUCGUGAGGGAUACCAAGUCAUGGCGACUUACCUGUGGAAGUCGUGCAACGGUCGACGUCUCUUCUCGGAGAACCCGGAGAUGGCCAGUGCCGUGGCCAUCCGCUACGCCAAGGACCAGUACGUGGUGUGCCCCGCUCAAGAUGAACGCGUCUCGACGUUUUGUCGUUCGGUGGCCAUUCUUAACUGCGAAGUAGCCAUCACCAUCACUUCGCCGGUCGUGACUGCGAUCAACAGCCGUAUCGCUCCGGGCACUGAGCAGAUCCCCAUCACGUCUUCGCAACACAUCCAGGUGGUCGACACGAUGGAACAGCUUGCCGGUGCACGAAAGGCACAAAACGCCUGCUUCAUUCGCAAGGAGGGUACCGUGGUCAUGUGGUGUGACCAGGUCGAGCAGCUCGAAGCGCAAGCUCAGGAUCUCGAGGACAAGAUGAUCAAGUUUGUCUGGAAGAGUUCGUACUCGAACAACACUUCCAACUUGGUCGCUUCCUCGUCGAGCAAGAGCACGCUGGACAGCGCCAUGAGCGAAUUCAACAUGAACCAGGCCAAGUACCGCUCGAUGACCAGUUUUGGCGGCUCGACCCCAAAGGGAAGCGCACCCGGCUCGGAUGCCGGCUCGAACCCUUUCUCGUCCAAUUCAGGAGAGGGCUCACCUCGACACUCGACAUUCCUCCAGGCUACGGGUGCCGACCCGGAGAAGCAAGAGGCUGUCAAGGAACGUCAGCUGUGCUACCAGAGCCCCAUGCUGCACGGCCUGGCCAUCGGUCUCGACGUACUCUUGUGCUUCCUGUUCAUCUCGAAGCUGCUGAGCUACUCGCUGCUUGACGGCAAUUGGAUGCGCAUGACGAUCGCCGCCGCCACGCUGGGCAUGUUCCCCGUGGUCAUGUUCUUCUGCGACAACAUCCUCAGCGUCGUGUUUCAGAUCUUGGCUCCCAUUCGACAGGUUCACCAGAACUCGCGCUACUACUCGGGUAAAGCGCCCCAACGCAUGGCUGGCGCACUCCCGCACAUCACGAUCCAAAUGCCCGUGUACAAGGAGUCGCUGCAGGGCGUCUUGAUGCCCACGAUCGAGUCGGUCAACAAGGCGAUCAGCACGUACGAGCUUCAAGGUGGCACUGCUUCGAUCAUCGUUUCCGAGGACGGAAUGCAGCUGCUGAGCCAACAGGAGCAAGCUGUCCGCCACGAGUACUACGAACGGAACAACAUUGGCUGGGUGGCUCGACCGGGCCACGGCGUCGACGACUACGUUCGCAAAGGUCGCUUCAAGAAAGCGUCGAACCUCAACUUUACCUGCCGACUUUCGCUUGCGGUCGAGAAGAUGAUGGCGCAGGAACGACCUGCCGAGAAGCUCGAAGAGUGGACCGAAGCCGACGAGACCGAGCUUUACCAACGCUGCCUGUCGGUCUGCUUGCCCGAACUACAUCCUCUGGCGCAAGCUCGCGGCAACGUUCGCAUUGGUGACCUGAUCCUGCUGAUCGACUCGGACACGCGUGUGCCCGAAGACUGCCUGCUGGAUGCCGCUUCCGAGAUGGUGCAGUCACCGGACGUUGGCGUGCUGCAGCACUGUUCCGGCGUGAUGAUUGUGUCGGACAGCUACUUUGAAGCUGGUAUCGCCUUUUUCACGCGCAUGGUCAACUUCUCGAUCUCGUACAUGGUUGCUGGCGGCGACGUGGCGCCCUUCAUGGGUCACAACGCCUUCCUGCGCUGGUCGGCGAUGCAAGAGGCAUCGUUUGUGGAUCCCGAAGAUGGAGUGCGCAAAGUGUGGUCCGAGUCGCACGUGUCCGAGGACUUUGACAUGGCGCUUCGUCUGCUGAUGAAGGGCUACAUUACGCGAUGGGCGACCUACUCGAACAACGGCUUCGAAGAAGGAGUCUCGCUCACCUGCGAUGACGAGCUGAACCGCUGGCAGAAGUACGCGUUUGGAUGUUCCGAGUUGAUCUUCAACCCGCUCUGGCAAUGGCCUUACCGUGGGCCGUUGACCAAGCUCUUCCGAACGUUCCUUUGGAGCCGCACGCCGAUCCACUACAAGUUUGCAGCAUGCUCGUACAUCUUUUCCUACUACGGUAUCGCGGUGUCGCUUCCGCUGACGGUGAUCCUGUUCUUUGUGCAGGGAUGGUUCGCGCCGAUUCUGGAGCCCAACUUCCUGGCACCGUUCUCGGUGUGGGUCUCGGUGAUGAUCGUCUUCUUCGCCGGUGGCAACGUGGCUUCGAUCCUGGCCAAGUACCGAGCCAAAGUGGACACGCUUUGGCACCUGACCAGGGACCAUCUCAAGUGGUUCGGCUUCCUGUUCCUCUUCUUUGGCGGACUGUCGUACCAUGUCAUGACGGCGCUGCUGUCGCACCCGCUCGGGAUCAACAUGAGCUGGGGCGCGACCAAGAAAGACCUGGAGGACAGCAACUUCUUCUUGGAGGCGCCGCUGAUCUUCAAGCGAUUCUGGAAGGUGCUGAUCAUCGGCGUGGUCUCGAUCGGAGCGGUGAUCGUGUUCCAGAUGCCUCACCUGCUUCCGCUGCAAUGGCAGAUCCAAGGAUUCAGCAUCUUCUUCCCGCUGGUGCUCGUGUCGUCGCUGCACCUGAUGUACCCGAUUGCGCUCAACCCUGCGCUCCUGCGAUUCUCGUUCUAG